CAAUGGGCUCUGCGACAAAGCUCAAGGCAUGUUACGCGUGCACCAACGGAAAGCGAAAAUGUGACAAAGCUCAACCUAUUUGUGGCAGAUGUAAUGACCGAGACGUUGAAUGCCGAUAUCCACCGACCAAGCGGAAGAGAUUGCACUCGUCAGCGCCGCGAGCGGAAAAUGGCGGAGAGAGUGCAGGCAGACUCAGUGUUGGACCGCCGAGUCUGAUGCAAAUACCUUUCUCGACACCAAAUAAUGGCUUGAUUGACCUCAAUCAGUGGGCGGCGAGUUUGAGCAAUUGGGACGCUCUCCCUGCCGCUGAGCUACCAGACGAUUCGCCCGCGACAAGCAGUGAGACAAUCUCGAGCCAGAAGGAUCCUGUCGACUUUUUCCUGAGGCCCGAUGCAUGGGGCAUUCGUCAUAUCCCUUUUACGACCCCAUCUUUCCCAAACUCGGUCUGCAUGAACUAUGUCCAUGGCAUCCAUGAGUUCUUUACGGAAUGGGUCACCAACUCUCACAGCCCGGUCAUACACAACCAGCUCUACGCGGAUGCUGGGCUACCCCCAUCAAUACAGGAUGCGUUCACUUGUAUCAUUCUUCACAACUCGAAAACAUCCGCGAACGAGACAGUGAUCGAUGAAUUGCUGGUGUCGAAAGCAUCGGUGUUACUCAAGACAUAUUGCCCAGACCUCGCCGGUUCCGAAGUGACGCUUAACAUUCGUGAGCACCUCGCUCGAACCCAAGCAUUAUUCGUCCAUCUUGUGAUAGCGUUGUUCUCCUCUUCUAUUGGCGCACGUGCGAGCGCGGAACAACAGAUACAGACCCUUCUCUCAUGGACGCGUCAACUCUGGGAAGCCGCCCUUCGUGAUCCGGAUAUUGGCCUGCCAUGCGAGUGUGGCGAUCGCUCAGCUGCUGCUGCGUCCGCUAACGGCAUUGUUCUGGACUCUAUCUUCGACGGUGAUCCGCUACCGCGAAAGUGGCGCAAUUGGGUGUUGUCAGAGAGCAUCCGUCGUAUAUGGCUAUUGGCAACUUCAACCAUCGGCGUAUAUCUCACUCUGAAACAGAGAUGGGCUGAAUGUCAUGGCGGUAUUUACUUCACAGCCCAUAAGAACCUAUGGGAUGCAAAAAGCGGUUCUACAUGGGCAGCUGCAUGUCGGAAAGCAGAUCCUCUCUUCAUAUGUAGCCUCGAUUGCGAGGGUCUGUUCCUCAGUGCAAAGGCAUCGGAUAUUGAUCCGAUGCUAAUCAAUCUGUUUACGAUUAUGUGGGGAGUUGAAAGAGUUGAGAAUUGGGUUGCAAGAACAUGUGAACCUGGAGAGGAUGUGAGGGUCUGGAGGGGUACUGAUCUUCCAAUGGAGAAGGGAAGGAUUGCUCCUUCAUGA